ACAAAAUUAUUAGUAUUUGUCUAAUACACAGCAUCUAAACACAUACAGUUCUUUUUUUUUUUGCACGAUUAAAAAACAACUCAAAAGUUAUUACAUUUCAAAAUGUUUAAAAUUUUUGUCUUUUUGUCUCUUCUUGCUUUGGCUUUUGCCAAACCUGGCUACAUACACUCAGCUCCUGUUUUAACAUCUUAUCAUCAUACCGCCACUGUGCCCAUUGCACAUGUUGUACGUCCUGUAGUUUCAGCCCAUAGUGUUGUUGCUUCACCAUUGAUUCAUCAUCAGCCAGCUAUAUUACAUGGCAGCUCCAUUCAUGGUUCUUAUCAUCAUGGUCUUUAUUAGAUACAUCUAAAGGGAAAAUAUUAAAGAAACGAAUUUUUGUUCUUUAUUGUAAAUUGGCUUUGUUAAUUGGUUGAGUGCAUUUAAUAAAUUUUUACUUAAUUGUUUUGUUAUAUUACUAAUUGGAAAA